CUGAAGUCCGGGCCCGCCCGCAAGUGGAACUAGAGGUAUGGAAGCUUCCCUCCUCCAGUUCCGUUUGUUUGUUGUCCCGUCAACUCACCCCUCGGAUUGUACAUUCAACCUGCAACAAUUUGUGAGCCGCGACUAAUCAGCAAAUAUUAUCACUAGCAUUUCUCAUCCUACCCGCCGGCCUCCCCUUUUAUUAUCUCACCAGCGAAGUCUCCUCUUGUAGCCAUAAACUAGUCAUGUCAAGUCCAGAAGUACUCCCAGACUCCGAAGCCAAAAGAUGGAAGUAUCUCAACAAUGUCCGAACACGGCCAGGCGCAUUCGUGGAUCCGGAAGAGUUUGAUGGCUCAACGGUAGUAGAGAACAUGGACAAAAUCAAGAUCUUCGGAGCUGGAGGACUGGGUUGUGAGAUCCUCAAGAACCUCGCUCUUUCCGGGUUCAAGGACAUUUCCGUCAUCGACAUGGAUACGAUCGACAUCUCCAACCUUAACCGCCAGUUUCUCUUCCGACAUGCGGACGUAGGGAAAUUCAAAGCCGAAGUAGCUGCCAAGUUCGUUGAGAGAAGAGUUAAAGGCGUCAAGAUCACGCCAUAUAACUGCAAGAUACAGGACUUCGAUGAAGACUUCUACCAGCAGUUCCAGAUUGUAGUCUGCGGACUGGACAGCAUCGAGGCACGCCGAUGGAUUAACGCCACCCUAGUCAACAUGGCGAGUUGUGAAAACCCUGAUAGCAUGAAACCCCUCAUCGACGGCGGCACCGAGGGCUUCAAGGGCCAAGCCCGCGUUAUCCUACCGACCAUGGGCUCUUGUAUCGAGUGCCAGCUGGACAUGCACGCUCCCCGAGCCGCCGUUCCUCUUUGCACUCUCGCCAGCAUCCCCCGCCAGCCGGAACACUGCAUCGAAUGGGCGCACGUCAUCGCUUGGGACAAGGAGAAGCCGUUCCCGCAGCUCGACAAGGACGACCCGGAGCACAUCACCUGGCUCUACCAGAAAGCCCUCGAGCGGGCAAAGGAGUUCAACAUAUCGGGCGUCACGUACUCUCUGACGCAAGGCGUGGUAAAGAACAUUAUCCCGGCCAUCGCGGCCACGAACUCGGUCAUCGCCGCGGCCUGCUGCAACGAGGCACUCAAGAUCGCAUCCAGCUGUGCGCCCUUUUUGGGCACCCCCGGCGAAGGCGAGCCUAAUUAUAUGAUGUAUUCCGGCAACGACAGCAUUUACACGUAUACGUUCAAGCACGAGCAAAAAGAGGACUGCCCCGUGUGCGGCAUGACGGCAAGGGUGCUCAAGGUCAACCCCAAGUGGACGCUCGAAGAGCUCAUAGAGUCGUUCGCUACCCUUCCUGAGGCGCAACUGAAGAAACCGUCGGUGCGGGCUGAGGGCAAGACGCUGUACAUGCAGUUGCCCCCGAACUUGGAGGAGCAGACGCGGCCAAACUUGGGGAAGACACUUGAGCAGCUUGGGCUGACGGAAGGUACUGAGAUCGCCGUUACUGAUCCAGCGUUUGUAGGCGUGGUGUUCAACUUCAGCCUCAAGUUUGCAUGAUGGUCCCCAGACAUGAACGUGUCAUGAUAACCUGGCCUGGUUUGCCUGGACUUUGUUUAUGCUAUUUAGAGGCUGGAUUUGUGAGUUACCUACAAGCGGGAGCGUUGCACAACAAGCAGCGGGGAAUGACCCGCAAGAAGGCUAUAGCGAUGAGUUAGCUGCCUAUUCAAUCGAGUAGAUGUCAAUACAAGAUAUGAUUAACAGUGUGCUUCAA